AUGGCAUACGAGGCGCUUUUUGUCUUGGCCACUGUUGUUGUUAGAACAUUAGCUUCAAUCGAAGCACCUGUUCCUGUUCUUGCACCUCUUCUUGAUGUUUCCCCGCUCAAUCGAAGCACUUUUCCACCAGGAUUCCUCUUUGGAACAGCUUCUGCGGCGUACCAGGUAUACACACCACAUCCACAUGAUGUUCUUCAGUCGUUGUAUGAAGGUGCAGCAAAAGAAGGUGGCAGAGGUGCCAGUGUAUGGGAUAUCUUCACCCAUAAAUAUCCAGAAGGAAAGCUUAGUGGAGGCCUAGAACCAUUUAUCACUCUUUUUCAUUGGGAUCUUCCUCAGGUUUUAGAAGAUGAGUAUGGUGGUUUCCUAAGUCCUCACAUUAUAAAAGAUUUUGAAGAUUAUGCAGAACUUUGCUUUAAAGAGUUUGGAGACAGAGUAAAGUAUUGGAUUACUUUAAAUGAACCAUGGAGUUACAGUACAUUUGGGUAUGCAUAUGGGACGGCGCCACCAAAACGAUGUUCAAAAUGGUUGAAUCCAAAAUGCAUUCAUGGUGACUCCGGAAAAGAACCCUAUUUAGUUUCACAUAACCUACUUCUUGCUCAUGCAACCGCUGUCAAAGUCUACAGGACCAAGUACCAGGAAUCUCAAAAAGGAGUGAUAGGGAUAACCCUUGUGAGCAACUGGUUCGAGCCACUUUCAGAAACCAAGUUAGAUCAAAGUGCUUCUCAGCGAGCACUUGAUUUCAUGUUUGGAUGGUUUAUGGAACCAUUGACAUCAGGAAAAUAUCCAGAAAGCAUGCGUUCUCUUGUUGGAAAACGAUUGCCAAAGUUCUCGAAACAACAAGUCAAACUUCUGCAUGGUUCAUUUGAUUUUGUUGGACUAAAUUAUUACACCUCUAACUACGUUUUCAAUGCACCCAAACAAGGCACCGUCAAACCUAAUUACGCUACAGAUUCUAAUGCCAAUCUUACAACUGAACGCAACGGGAUUCCAAUAGGUCCAGUGGCUGCUUCAAGCUGGUUAUAUGUUUAUCCCCGAGGAAUUAGAGAAUUAUUGUUGUAUACCAAAGAAAAGUACAACAAUCCAUUAAUUUACAUCACUGAAAAUGGUGUUGACGAAUUUAAUGAUCCUACACUAUCACUUGAAGAAUCUCUUGUUGAUACUUUUAGAAUUGAUUAUCAUUAUAGGCAUUUGUUUUAUCUUCACUCAGCAAUCAGUGAAGAUGCAGAUUACAGACAGUAUAAUCUACCAACUAUCACGGAUCUUGACCGUCGAAAUACCAGAACUCAGAGAUUAAAAAAUAUCGACGGUCGAUCACGAGAUUCGCUUAGAACCCUAGCUCUGGCUGGGUAUCCACCGCUAUUAGGUGAAAUUUCCAUGGAUGAAAUUAGAAAUGAAAGCCCAACCGAAGCUAAGAAAACCAAGUCAAAGACCCCUCGAAAACCGAAAGAAACUCUUCUGAAGCAGAAAUCUCCGGCCGAAUUCUUCGCAGAAAACAAGAACAUUGCAGGAUUUGAUAACCCUGGAAAAUCUCUUUAUACUACUGUUAGAGAGCUUGUGGAGAACUCACUUGACUCGGCGGAGUCCAUUUCCGAGCUUCCGGUUGUUGAAAUUACCAUUGAGGAAAUAAGAAAAAGCAAAUUUAAUUCCAUGAUUGGUCUAGUUGACCGUGAGCGUGUUGAUGCGGCGUUAUAUGAGGAUUAUGAAACCGAGAAGGCUCGAGAGAAACGAUUAGCAAAAGAGGCUCGUGCUCAGGAAAUGCAAGCAAAGAAUGCUGCCCUCGGAAAGAAGGUGAAAGAAACUGCAGCUCAUAAGGUUUUCAAAGGUCGAGGGGAGGCUUCCUUUUAUAGAGUUACAUGUAAGGAUAAUGGAAAGGGAAUGCCACAUGAUGACAUACCAAAUAUGUUUGGCCGAGUUCUAUCUGGGACAAAAUAUGGCUUGAAACAGACGCGGGGCAAGUUUGGUCUUGGUGCGAAGAUGGCAUUAAUAUGGUCUAAAAUGAGUACAGGGCUUCCUAUUGAGAUCUCUUCAUCAAUGAGGAACCAAAAUUAUAUUUCAUUUUGCAGGCUGGAUAUUGACAUUCAUAAGAAUAUACCCCACAUACAUUUACAUGAAAAACGGGAGAAUAAGGAAUACUGGCGGGGAGCUGAAAUUCAAGUUGUCAUAGAGGGGAACUGGACAACUUACCGUUCAAAAAUAUUGCAUUACAUGAGACAAAUGGCUGUCAUCACCCCUUAUGCACAAUUUCUAUUUAAAUUUGUGUCAGAUGCACCUGACAAGAAUGUCUCUGUAAGAUUUGCUCGCAGAACAGAUGUAAUGCCGCCAAUUCCUAUGGAGACAAAGCAUCAUCCAUCUUCUGUUGAUUUGCUGCUAAUUAAACGACUUAUUGCUGAAACAUCAAAGCAAAACCUUUUGCAGUUUCUUCAGCAUGAGUUUGUAAAUAUCAAUAAAUCUUAUGCUGAAAGAUUAAUAGGAGAAAUGGGUCCAGACUUCAGCGCAAAAAUCCCUGUGAAGUCUCUAACCUCACAACAAAUAGUACGCAUUCAUCAGUUGCUUCGUCAAGCCAAGUUUGACGAUCCUAGUGGUCAUUGUCUUAGUCCUGCUGGUGAAUACAAUCUUCGAUUAGGAAUUAUAAAAGAGCUGCACCCGGACAUGGUUGCAACUUAUUCAGGCAGUGCUCAAGUUUUUGAAGGCCACCCAUUCAUUGUGGAAGCUGGAGUCAGUGUAGGUGGAAAAGAUGUCAAACAAGGUCUGAAUAUAUUUCGAUUUGCCAAUAGAAUUCCACUACUUUUUGAGCAAGGUGCCGAUGUCGUAACCAGGACUGCCCAUAAAAGAAUCAACUGGAGUAGUUACAAAAUCAACCAGAUACAAGAUAAGAUUGGUGUCUUUGUAAGCAUUGUGAGCACAAAAAUUCCAUUCAAAGGAACUGGGAAAGAAUACAUUGGAGAUGACAUAACCGAGAUUGCUUCUGCUGUCAAGUAUGCUAUUCAGCAGUGUUGUGUCCAAUUAAAAUCCAAGAUUGUGAAAAAGAUGCAGGCCCGAGAGCAGCUGGAGAGGAAACGAAAUCUAAGCAGGUAUAUCCCCGAUGCUUCUGGUGCAAUAUACAAUGUUUUGAAAGAAAUGACACAGUUACAUGCAGCAAAGAAGAUUCGUUAUGGGGAUGAUGAUGUAGAACUACUGAGAAAUGUCUCUGAGAAUUUGAUUACGAAAGAAACAUUGAGUGAAAAGCUUGCUAAACAUGUUGAACAGGUGGACUAUGAAAUGGCAUUGGAGUAUGCGACGCAGAGUGGAGUAAGCGAGGAACCCCGAGAAACAAUAUAUAUACAAUCAUUGGAAGAUGAAAAUAAGAUGAUCGACCUACAGGCUCCAUUUAUUAUUUUCAGAGUUCCUCAGAUCGCCAUUCUGGGAGCUGGAAUCUUUGUGAAGACUCAGUACAUUCCCAGACUCUCCGAGAUCUCUCAUCUCUUCCAUCUCAAAGCCAUUUGGAGCCGCACUCAGGAAUCUGCUACAGCGGCCGUAGAGGUAGCUGGUAAGCAUUUUUCGGGAGUCGAGUGUAAAUGGGGAGACAGCGGUCUUGAAGAGAUCAUCCAAGAUGGAUCCAUAGAUGCAGUUGCUGUCGUUUUGGCUGGACAAAAUCAGGUUGACAUUUCAUUGAGGGUGCUAAAGGCUGGUAAACAUGUUCUUCAAGAGAAACCUGCUGCAUCCUGUACAAGUGAAUUAGAAACUGCAUUGUCUAGCUACAAAUCUAUUUCUGCUGAUGCUCCUGGUCAAUUAAUUUGGUCUGUGGCUGAAAAUUACCGAUUGGAGGCUGGUUUAGUCGAGUGCAAGAAACUAAUUGAUGGCAUUGGGAAAAUGAUGAGUGUCCAAGUUAUAAUCGAAGGAUCAAUGAACAGUUCAAACCCCUACUUUUCAAGCAAUUGGAGGCGCAAUUUCACUGGAGGUUUCAUUCUUGAUAUGGGUGUGCAUUUCAUUGCAGGGUUAAGAAUGACCUUGUGGCGAGUUGUUGGCCUGAAUGGAACCCUGCAAGUUGAACGUGGAUUCCAAGGACAACAUGGUUACCUGGUUUCAUUUUAUGGUGCCGAUGGACAAAACAAAAGCUCCUUUUUCCCAUUCUGUGGAGUAACUGAAGAAUUAAAAGCUUUCAUUAAUGACGUAUCUGAAAACACCCUCAAGAAGGGGAGUCAGUUUGUGGCUGAGCCCCGCCUCUCUUUUGUCGAGGGUGCAAGAGAUGUUGCUGUGUUAGAGGCAAUGCUUGAAUCUGGAGCAAGGAAAGGUGAACUAGUUCAGGUGAAAAAGUUUUGA